AUGAGAGUCUUGAGUUUCCUAGUUAUUACGAUUGUAUCGCCAGUUUACUGUUCCGGAUAUUAUGAUGGAGCGAGAUGGCACUGUGGGAUCAACAAACUGACAGAGACGAUAUCAGAAUGGCUGGCAAAACCAUUUGAUUAUCAUGGUGUCAAUCAGUGCUGUCACGCUCAUGAUGAGCACUACUAUCACCACACACUAUCCAGAGAAGAUGCAGAUCGAGUAUUCUGCGAAUGUCUGGAUCAGAACACUAAUUGGUAG